AUGUUAAUUAGUUUAUCAUCAAUGUCAAGACAAACAUUCAAUGAAUUUUUAGCUGGUGCUAUUGGAGGAUUAGCUGGCUUAACGGUUGGUCAUCCAAUGGAUACUGUCAAAGUUGUUAUGCAAAGUUCGUCGAGAAAUUUAACAUUUAAAGAAGCGACUGAUUCGAUUCUUGAAACCGGACUAAGACGAUUUUUUACUGGGCUUGCAAUUCCGUUUUAUUCAUAUGGAUUUAUCAAUGCCGUAGUAUUUACUGCAUACAAAGAGUCACUAAGUAUAUUUGAUGCAACUGGUCAGUCCCCAUUUGCAAAUGCUAUGGCCGGUGCUAUAUCAGGAGCUGUACAAUUGAUACCAGCUGUUCCAGUUGAAGUUAUUAAAAUACGACAACAAUCUAAAGCAAGUCAUCCAGGUGAAAAACAACUGACUGCUAGAAAAUGUAUUCAUACCAUUUUACGUAUGCAAGGAUUUACUGGAUUUUACUCAGGAACAAUUAUUCAAGCAUUUCGUGAUAUUCCAGGACUGACUGCUUAUUUUUAUGCUUAUUCUGAAUCAAUAAAAAUAGGAAAACAUAUUGGUUUGUCAACAUUUUGGUCUGCUUUUAUUGGUGGUGCAAUAAGUGGAGCAUUAUCUUGGUGUGUUUCAAUGCCAUUUGACGUAAUAAAAACAAGACAACAAGUUGGUAAUGGAAUCACAAUUACAAAUGUUCUAAAUACACUAUUAAAAGAAAAAAGCUACAAAAUAUUUUUCCGUGGAUUUAACGUUGUUAUCACUAGAGCAUUUGUAGUUAAUGCAUGUACAUUCGCUGUCUACGAAACAGUUUAUGAACAUCUUAAAAAAUAUUAG